GUGUGACCAUGGUAUUAGGGUUGUGACAACAUAUCCUUCGUGAAUUCCUUACCUUCGUUUAUGGAAAUAUACAGUUUUAUCAGAGAUAUCCUUAUUUUAUUCUAAAAUUUGUUGCAGAGAAAUAAUAUGUCGGACUGGGGAGAAGAAAACUGGGAUGAUGAGACACAAAACGUAGUUAAAGCGCCCGAAAUUCGGAAAAGUAACCAAAAUAAUCACUAUUACACAGGUGGUAAUGGUCGGAGAAAUAAUUCAAAUCAACAUCAAUACUCGGAGACGGGCAGAAAACGAACAUCCCAAGUUCAAAACUACAGAGAAAAAAUAAAUAUUCCACAUGACUGCGUUGGCCUGAUUAUAGGUCGCGGAGGAUCCAAUAUACAACGCAUUCAAAACAAUUACAAUGUGCGAAUAGAUCUCGAUAAAAGAACUGGAUCAGCCUCGAUUGGAGGGCAAAAUGAACAAGAUGUAAAAGAUGCUUAUAAUUAUAUAGAACGUCAGUUGAAUUCAAGUUCAAGAAAUAACCAUAGUAUUGAUCAUAGCAAACAGACCGACUUCAUGUAUAAAGUAGAACAACAAGAGGAAAUUAUUAAUACAAAUGAUAAAGAUAUUUCGAAUGAGGAUGCUCCUAUUGAUUGGGAGGCUAUGGUGAAAAAAUCGAAGGAAGCAAGUGCAAGACGUUGGGCUCAAUUGCCCCCCUUGACAAAAAAUUUCUAUUUAGAAGAUUGUGAAGUUACAAAUUUAACUACCGAAGACGCACAACGUAUACGAAAGGAAAACAAUAACAUAACAGUCUCACGUGUAUUUAAGGAAGAUGGCGUCCCAGAAGAUAUACCAAAUCCGAUUUGGAAGUUCGAGCAGUGUUUUGCAGCUUAUCCCGAUUUGUUAGAGGAAAUAAACAAACAAAAAUUUGCGAAACCAUCGCCCAUUCAAUCACAAGCAUGGCCAAUUUUAUUAAAAGGAGAGGAUAUGAUCGGUAUUGCCCAAACCGGUACCGGUAAAACACUAGCUUUCUUGUUGCCUGCCAUGAUUCAUACUGAGUACCAAAGUACCCCGCGUUCAGAACGCGGCGGACCCAAUGUACUGGUCCUUGCGCCAACACGCGAACUGGCUUUACAGAUUGAAAAAGAAGUCCAUAAGUAUUCAUUCCGCGGCAUGAAAGCCGUAUGUGUAUAUGGCGGAGGGAAUCGCCGUGAUCAAAUAAACAACGUCCAAAGUGGUGUUGAAAUAAUAAUUUGUACUCCAGGUCGCCUUAACGAUUUAAUCGAAGCCAAUGUCAUUGAUGUGUCUAGUGUUACUUAUUUGGUACUGGACGAAGCAGACCGUAUGUUAGAUAUGGGUUUUGAACCACAAAUACGUAAAGUGUUGCUAGAUAUACGCCCCGAUAGGCAAACAGUUAUGACCAGCGCUACCUGGCCUCCAGGAGUUCGCCGUCUGGCACAAAGCUACAUGAGCAAUCCUAUACAAGUAUGCGUGGGUUCACUAGAUUUGGCAGCCACACACACAGUUAAGCAAAUUAUCGAAAUAAUGGACGAAGGCGAUAAAUAUUUUGCUAUUCAGAGUUUUUUAAAAAAUAUGCAGAAAAAUGAUAAAGUUAUAAUCUUUUGUGGAAAGAAGACGCGAGCUGAUGAUUUGUCCAGCGAUUUAACAAUUGAAGGACAUAUGUGUACCGCCAUUCAUGGUUCCCGAGAACAGUCUGAUCGUGAGCAAGCGAUUGCAGAUAUAACCUCAGGAUAUAUUAAGAUAUUAAUUGCCACAGAUGUUGCUUCCAGAGGAUUAGAUAUCGACGACAUAACACAUGUGAUCAAUUUUGAUUUUCCUCGCAACAUUGAGGAAUAUGUGCACCGCGUUGGUCGAACCGGUCGUGCUGGCCGCAAGGGAACGUCUAUAAGUUACAUUACUCGUAGUGACUGGGGUGUUGCUAAGGAACUGAUAAGUAUUCUGGAAGAAGCUGAUCAAGAUGUUCCAUCCGAACUUCGUGAAAUGGCUAACCGUUUCAAAUCGAUGAAGGAUCGGCGUGCAAACGAAUUAUCGCAAUGCAAUUUCCGUGAUCGGAAUGGAGCCGGAAGUCGCGGUUACAAUGGAGGUUUUCGCGGUGGUAACGGUGGCGGACGCUACUAAACAAGUUAAUCACUUUCGCACAAAAUAUUUACAAAUUUUAUAUAUAUACAUAUAUAUAUAUAACAUGAAUUGAAACGUGGACUUUUUUGAUUUGAUUUUUGAUAAAAUGUUGUAUUGUAUGCAAGUGAUCGAGAUGCUAUCGUUUAAUAAAAAUUACUUUUUCUGAUGUAAAA